UUUCACGUCAGAAGAAACCAAUGGUGCCGAUGUGGCGUCUCCAAAAUAAAAACUUCAGAGAGAUUGGCGGGUAAAUUAAUCCAUUAUUUCAAAUUUCCCAAUUUCGAGAAACGAGCUCCGAGCGGAAACCCUAGAUUGAGGCGAAGGAGGAAGAAAUGGGACGUGAUCAUCAUCGUAACCAAUCCACUGACGGUCUGGUGAUUCUGUUGAUGAAAGCCCACCAUGAUCUCGCAGCGGUUCAGUUCAAGCUGGAGAAGGAGUUUCAACAGACUUACCCUGAGAAUGCAAAUCCCGUGAAGCUGGUGAAUAGAAUAAAGAAGAUGCAGGAGGAAGUUUCAGGGCUAAAGGAGCAGUGUCGUGAGCUUCUUGCUGCAAAACAGGAAUUGGUUGAUAAAGCUCGGUCGAUUAUGCUGGGGAACAACAAUGUAAUACAAAGGAUGCAAGUUUCAACUGGCAUUUCUCCAACUACUGUUGAUGAUCCUGCAUUUGCUGACUUCAAUCAGAUGGUUGCAUAUUUUCCAAAUGGUGCGUCAUGUGUUUGCGCCAUUUGCCAGCAGGCAACCUACAUUGAACAAUCAUUGAGGCUUUAUACCAACUACAAGUACCCUGGGAGAUGAUUCUUGGGUGCUUUUCUUUCAUUUUGAAAGCCCCUACAGGACCGUGUCAUUGAUGAGUGGAGCACACAAGUCAGAUCAAGAACUGGAUAUGAGGGAGAGGAUUCGGAGGACCAGGACAUAAACCAAUUGCUCUUCUCAACUAUUGUCCAAAGCAACGACUAACAACCACCUCAGUCUCAGUUUCAGAGAGCUGGAUAGCCAAAUAUGCUGUUUUUCAAACACCCUCAGUGCCGGAGCCUAUCUACCAUUGCAGAAUAGCCUGAGAACCAAUUGCUUGACAAACACGUCAUGUGUGAAGAAAACAACCGAGUAAGCCACAACUUUUUUCAGGGUUAAAAACCUAAUUACCAGAAAAUGCGUGUGUUUGAUUUGAUGAGUUUGUAAAUCAAUGCUAUUAAUCUCAAUGGUUUGAUUGAGUGUAUUUGUAUAGGGAACUCUUACAAAAGGUG